AGCUCACAGUCGACUACACGACGUUUUUCAGUUUUCGCUAAUUACGUACGCGACUUGAUUAUAGUCUGAAGGCGUCAGGCGCACACGUGACCAAUACGACUUCGGUUUUAUGAAUCUUGCUGUGAGGAAGUCUAACGUUACACGCUGGAAACAGUGGCCAAAAGACAAGAAACUGCUGAAGGUUUCAGAGACCCGACUGUGAUUUAUUUCUCAUUAGAGUGAUAUUAAAGUCACGUGGUAAAAUCUUGAACGUUUGACUGUUUUAUCAUUUGAGGUAACAAUGUAUCAGUGCCUCUCUGUGGUACUGUGUCUCACAAUAUGUGCUAUACCUCGACUUUCAGCAUACUGUAACAUCAACUAAAGAAGGAAAGGCACGUGUCACGAAAAAUCCGUGUCAACGAAUGACAACCGAGGACGUUAUAAAGUCAGUUUCUCGACAGCUGAAGCAUUACGUGCAGGUCCAGAGACGAGAGGAAGGGUUCGAGAGUAGAGUGACAUGGGAAAAAGAUCUGCCACCUAUCAAAACGGGGAUACAAGACCGACUAACUUCGUUCAAACUUCACGAAAGAAGUGUCCAACACUUGCUUGGACAUGGGCAUGCGCAGACAUUGCUGGGAUAUCUCGACCAGAAAGCUGUUCUUUCGCCACGAGAACAACAGAUCAAAAGGGCUUUGGUCCACUAUCUGUCAGAGAAAGAAGCAUGGGCCUACCCUCGCCACGGGACAUCAAAAACCUCCGAUUUCUACCCCCCUCACCGAAGUUCUGUCGUCCGCCUACAGCAACGAGGAUUUCAGCCAGUGUCCAGGAGUCAAGAACGAGUAGGUAGUGUGCCACGAGGAGAGGCAGAACGCCUGGUAACUAUGGCAACCAAACUUCUUGUCGCUACGGAGUGUAUCCUGAAUAAGGAAGGUGUGAACGACAGGACUGAGAUUGCUGAAAGUUUGCCUCAUCUAGAAGAGAAAUCACGACUCCAAUCUUUUACUUCCAAGGAAAUGCCAGCGGAUAAAGGUGGAGACGGUAUGCGAUAUUCUCCACUAGAUGGCACUCAGAGCAGAGCUGUAAGCAGACUAAGCUUCAGAACGUGGCCAGGAAGUCGCAGUACGAACUGUCCAGCUUUACCACUCACUAAAGCGUCAUCUGGAGGCAGUAAAAAGCGUCUACCACGAAUUAAAACAGCGCCACCAAUCAGAAACCGGAGAAAAGCGAAGUUCCUUCGUUAUCGACCUCACACUGUAAAGGAUACGUGCGUACAAACAGAAAUAGAGAUAGCAGACUUUGAAAACGCUAUACAUACUUUUGUCGACGGAAGCGGCUCCAAGCGACGGAACUCGGAGUCAUAUGACAAGAUCUCGUGCUCUUCUUCCGAAUGCAGUUAUGACUCGACAAAUUUUGAAACUUCAUUCACCAAAGGGAACAAUAGGAAAACUGAACGAAGAUUAUCCGCACAUUCUGAUAAAGAAUCCAGAAUCUUCUCUAGAGCGCCACCUGGUGACGUUAUUAGAAAACACAACGAAGUUGGGAGAAAAAGCAAAUCCUUGACAAAACUCAAUAGGAAAGAGCUUCAUUCCGAAAUGACAAACAAAGAAAGAGUUGAUGAUCGUCUUAAACAUGAAAGUGGAUUUUGGAAUGGCGAUGGCGCUUCGCUAUUAGACCAUCAAUCGUCUAACAGUCCAGUUAAAACAAAAGACGAUACCGCAAAGAAACAAAAUAAACUGAAAAAGAAAAAGCAUAUUACUUGCAAUCUGGAAACACUGUGUUUAGAAAAUGAGUUGAAACAAAAAAAUACUUUUAACAGUAUUUCAGAGCAUGAAUUAACUGCACGUGAACCAGAGUUAGCCCUAACUAGCCCCGAACUUGAGAAAACAACCUGUAAAAUAAUUUCUCCCACAGAUAUUGCAUUUGGUGAACUUGCAAUUUACCCAAAUGUGAAUAAAGAGAGUGGCCAUACGCCAUCCUCUGAACAAUGUGAAAAUGGUACCAUUUCCAAGAACAACAUUGCCAAUGAAAAUGCAUCUGAAUCUCACAAAGAAGACAAGGUAAAUGGAAGAUUGACCACGACGUCGUCUCCAUCUGCUUCGGACGAAGGAACAACGACAGAUGCCAAUGGAAAGUCAACCACAAUGUCAUCUCCAUCUGCUUUGGACCAAGGAACAACGACAGAUGCCAAUGGAAAGUCAACCACGAUGUUGUCUCCAUCUGCUUUGGACCAAGGAACAACGACAGAUGCCAAUGGAAAGUCAACCACGAUGUUGUCUCCAUCUGUUUUGGACCAAGGAACAAUGACAGAUGGCAAUGGAAAGUCAACCACGAUGUCGUCUCUAUCUGCUUCAGACCAAGGAACAACGACAGAUACCAAUGGAAAGUCGACCACGAUGUCAUCUCCAUCUGCUUUGGACCAAGGAACAACGACAGAGGCUAAUGAUUCAUCAACAACAUGUAGUUGUACAGGAUGCAAUGAAACAAGCUCUUUGACUUGCACGUGCACAGAGAGUGCUGCUAGUAGUGUUAGCGAUGCAACUAACUCAGAAGCAAUAUCUUGCAGUAGUUGUGAUUCUUACUGUAGCUGUUGCUCAUCGACUACAGAGGAUGAAUCCACAACAGAGGAAUGUGAAGACGAAGAAUGCAUGCAGUGUCUUCAAGAAAACCCCAACCGGGCACUGACACCGGAAGUGGUGGUCGUGAGUCAUCAGGACGAUUCUACAGAGCCAAUUACCGACACAGACGCUGGAAAUGAGGUUUCACAGCAAGACGAAGAUUUUCAGACAGAGGAUAUUAUAGCACAAGAAGAACCAGAAAGAUCAUCAGAUAGUUUAUCCGAGGAACCAGAAAGAACAUCUAUCAGUUUAUCCAAAGUUUCGGUUCCUCAUAUUAACAAGCAAGGGAAUGCAAAUCCCAGUGACCAGGAAGGUUCAACAAAUCCUCUUCUGGACAUCGGUGCGGUAUUUGAUCAGCUCACCCAAGAAGAGUUUGUGUCGACUUUAAGCAUACACGAAGCGGCCAGAAACGGAGAUCUGCAUGCUGUGAGACUCCUGCUUCGAAACGACUGGAAACGCAUGGAGACUGUCGACGAGAGAGGUUGGACACCUAUUCACCUAGCUGCAGCCAAUGGUCAUGUCGAGAUUGUGAAAUACCUCGGGGAGAGAGGGGCUCACCUUGCUGCUUUGGACCCCAGUGGUUACACGGCCAUUCACAUAGCAGCCAUGAACAGUCACGCUGAAUGUGUAGAGGUUCUUCUGGACAUGGGUUCUGAAGUGGACAAUGUGACGUCAGAAGGGUUCACACCAUUACACCUUGCUGUUCUGAAGUGAGUGUCUAACUUGAUCACGAUUCAGACCAAGAAUAGGUUAGCCUCCUUGCGGAGAGCAAGUGCAGUUUUUGGAAGCUGUUUCUUUUGGUAACAAGUAUGGAUCUUGACUGAAAAUACCCUAUAAAAAGCACUUUUUAGCCGCGGCAUGGCGACUUAUAGAACGACUUUAAGUUUUUCAAGUACAAACUUUUAGCUCAUAGCUCAAUCAUCUCUUGACCGAUUUGAGAUCU